AUGGCGUCCUUCUUUCUGAAUAUCACUUGUCCCAACAGAGCCUGCCUGGCAGCUGGCAAUUCCGCACAAUUGCUUGGGAAGCAUGUUAUAGCAGGCGUUUCCCCACGGACAGUAUUUACUCCCGGGAGAAGACCGCAGAGCACCCAAUCCUCUCUCGUUACAAAGUCCUCAUGGACGCAUCCUGUAUACACGACAUCUCAGCUGCACUCGAUUCAGACGGCUCACCGCAACGCCAAAGAUUGGUCGGAUAGGAUGGCUCUUGGAACUGUCCGCUUCCUACGAUGGGGCAUGGACUUGGUCACGGGAUAUCAUCAUUCACAUCCACGCGAUGCACACUCACCUCGUUUCCGAAUGACCGAGGAGAAAUGGAUCACAAGGUUUAUUUUUCUGGAGAGCGUUGCGGGCGUUCCCGGGAUGGUAGCUGCUAUGCUGCGACACCUGAAGAGCCUAAGGAGGAUGAGGCGGGAUUACGGAUGGAUUGAGACACUCCUGGAAGAGGCCUAUAAUGAAAGGAUGCACCUUUUGACCUUCCUCAAAUUAUCCCAACCAGGCCCUGCCAUGUACUUCAUGGUGCUGGCAGCACAGUGUGUCUUUUUUACGGGAUUUUCUCUCGCCUACUUAAUUUCUCCUCGGAUAUGUCACCGAUUUGUCGGGUACCUGGAAGAGGAAGCCGUGAUCACUUAUACCAAAGCAAUCCAGGAGCUUGACAAGGGAAACCUGCCGCUCUGGAGCAACAUGGAGGCCCCUGCAAUGGCCAUCAAGUACUGGCAGAUGCCGGAAGGCCAACGGUCUAUACGUUCGCUGUUAUUGUGCGUACGUGCCGACGAGGCGAACCACCGGGAUGUGAAUCACACGCUUGGAAAUCUCAACCAAGAUAGUGAUCCCAAUCCCUUCUCGGCCAAGUUUAGGAACGCACUUAAGGAGGCCAGCUAA